AUGUCGCGCCUGGCCUCUGCGCGCCACCUCCCGGGACUCCUCCUGCUAAUCUGGUCGCUGCUGAUGCUGCCGCCCCCCACCGCCCCGGGCCCCUUGGACAAUCCUGGUGUCCGGAGGUUGGGGACCCGUGGCCCUGCGGGCAGCCCCGGGCGCCGCCCCGCUCCCGCGGCUCCCACCAUCGCGCCCCGUUCCGGGGCCAGCGAGCCCCGCGCAGGUGUUUGCAAGAGCAGGCCUUUGGACCUGGUGUUUAUCAUCGAUAGUUCUCGUAGUGUACGGCCACUGGAAUUCACCAAAGUGAAAACCUUUGUCUCCCGGGUCAUUGACACUCUGGACAUUGGGAAAGCUCACACAAGGGUAGCAUUGGUGAAUUAUGCUAGCACGGUGAAGAUCGAGUUCCAGCUCCAGACCUACUCUGAUAAGGAGUCUCUAAAACAGGCCGUGCUGCGGAUCAAACCCUUGUCAACAGGCACCAUGUCUGGUUUGGCCAUCCAGACAGCGAUGGAUGAGGCCUUCACAGAGGAGGCAGGAGCUCGGGGGCCCACCUCCAACAUCUCUAAGGUAGCCAUCAUCGUGACAGAUGGGAGGCCCCAGGACCAGGUGAAUGAGGUGGUAGCCCGGGCCCGGGCAUCUGGCAUUGAGCUCUAUGCUGUGGGGGUGGACCGGGCAGACAUGGAGUCCCUCAAGAUGAUGGCCAGUGAGCCCCUGGAUGAGCAUGUGUUCUACGUGGAGACCUAUGGGGUCAUUGAGAAACUUUCCUCUAGAUUCCAGGAAACUUUUUGUGCUCUGGACCCGUGUCUGCGUGGCACACACCAGUGUCAGCAUGUGUGCAUCAGUGAUGGGGAUGGAAAGUACCACUGUGAGUGUAGCCAAGGAUAUUUCUUGUAUGCUGACAACAAAACGUGUUUAGCUAUUGGUAAGUGUGCUGUUAUCAAUCACGGAUGUGAACAAGCCUGUGUGAAUGAAAGAACUGGCUCUUAUCGCUGCGAGUGCUACGGAGGUUAUAUUCUGAAUGCAGACAGGAAAACUUGUUCAGCUAAAGGCAAAUGUGCCUUGGGUACACAUGGCUGUCAGCACAUUUGUGUGGAUAACACAAAUGGGUCCCAUCAUUGUGAAUGCUUUGAAGGUUACACUCGGAAUGCAGAUAAGAAAACAUGUUCAGUUCGUAGCAACUGUGCUCUGGGCCCUCAUGGAUGCCAACAAAUUUGCGUGAGUGAUGGGAAAACGUCCUUCCACUGCGAUUGUUUUCCUGGUUACACCUUGAAUGAAGACAAGAGAACAUGUAAAGCCAUUGAAGAAGCACGAAAACUCAUUUCCACUGAAGAUUCUUGUAGCUGUAAAGCGACACUGGAAUUUCAGGAGAAGGUCAGCUCCUAUCUCCAGAGACUGAACACCAAACUUGAUGACAUUUUGGAGAAGUUGCAAAUAAAUGAACGUGGACAACGGGUCCCAUGUGCGGCCUGGGGCGUCAUCAGAGCCGGCGCGGGCAGCGGAGGCGACGAGGUGGGGUGCAGGUCGCCAGGCCAGCCCCCAGCAGACAGCAGAAAGGCCCAGAAACAGGGUGACAAGUCCAAGUAUAGCUCCAGUUCAGCGUUCCACCAUUUCUUCCGCGCCCCCUCACCCGCGCAGGCGCACGAUAGCAGUCAGACGCAAGGGCGACACCGGAAGUGCUCCUCAGCGCCCCGGAUGCGACUGGGCGGCGGCGGUUGCCAGGGCGACGGGAGCUUCUCAGAGCUGCUGUUGUAG